AUGGAUAUCCGCAACAACCUGACCAGGCUGAACAUGCUGGAGAACUGCACUGUGAUCGAGGGCCACUUGCAGAUCCUGCUCAUGUUCAAAACCAAGCCCGAAGAUUUCCGUGAGCUCAGCUUCCCCAAGCUGACCAUGAUCACAGACUACCUGCUGCUGUUCCGUGUGUACGGCCUGGAGAGCUUGAAGGGCCUCUUCCCCAACCUCACUGUGAUCAGAGGGACUCACCUGUUCUUCAACUACGCCCUGGUGAUCUUUGAGAUGGUUCACCUGAAGGAGAUUGGCCUCUACAACCUGAUGAACAUCACCCGGGGCGCCGUGCGCAUUGAGAAGAACAACGAGCUCUGCUACCUGUCCACAAUCGACUGGUCCAGGAUUUUGGAUUCUGUAGAAGACAAUUACAUUGUGGCCAACAAGGAUGACAAAGAAGAGUGUGGAGAUGUGUGCCCAGGCACCGUGAAAGGGAAGAGCAACUGUCCCCCCACGGUGAUAAAUGGGAUUUUCAUCGAGCGCUGCUGGACACAUGAUCGCUGCCAGAGAGUGUGCCCCCCCGCCUGCAAGUCCCAGGGCUGCACCUCUGACGGGCAGUGCUGUCACAGCGAGUGCCUGGGUGACUGCACGGAGCCCAACGACCCCGGGCGCUGCGUGGCCUGCCGGAACUUCUACCUGGAUGGGAGGUGUGUGGAGACCUGCCCCCCCGGGCACUACCGCUUCGAGGGCUGGCGCUGCGUCACCUUCAGCUUCUGCCAGGAGCUGCACAACAAGUGCAAGAACGCCCGGGAGUCGGGGUGCCACGUCAUCCACAACAACGAGUGUGUGCACGAGUGCCCCUCGGGAUACAUCAUGAACUCCAGCAACCUGCACUGCACGCCCUGUGCAGGGCCCUGCCCCAAGGUGUGUGACUUUGGCAAGGAGAAGACGAUUGACUCGGUGACGUCGGCGCAGGAGCUGCGGGGCUGCACGGUGGUGAACGGCAGCCUGGUCAUCAACAUCCGAGGGGGAAAUAACAUAGCAGCUGAGCUGGAAGCAAACCUUGGCUUGAUAGAAGAAAUCUCAGGUUACCUGAAAAUUCGCCGCUCUUAUGCCUUGGUUUCUCUCUCUUUUUUUCGGAAACUCCAUCUGAUUAGAGGAGAGACACUUGAAGCUGGGAAUUAUUCUUUUUAUGCCUUGGACAACCAGAAUCUUCGCCAGCUCUGGGAUUGGAGCAAACACAACCUCACUAUUGCACGGGGCAAACUCUUCUUCCAUUACAAUCCCAAGCUGUGCUUGUCAGAAAUCCACAAGAUGGAAGAGAUCUCCGGGACUAAGGGGCGUCAGGAGAGGAAUGACAUAGCCCUGAAGACCAACGGGGACCAAGCCUCGUGUGAAAACGAACUGCUGAAAUUUUCUUCCAUUAGGACUUCUCAUGACAAGAUCCUGCUGAAGUGGGAGCCCUACUGGCCCCCAGAUUUCCGUGACCUCCUGGGCUUUAUGCUGUUCUACAAGGAGGCUCCCUACCAAAAUGUGACGGAAUUCGAUGGCCAGGACGCCUGUGGCUCCAACAGCUGGACAGUUGUGGAUGUUGACCCCCCACCACGCUCAAACGAGCCCAAAGCCCAGGCCCAGCCAGGGUGGCUCCUGAGGGGCCUGAAGCCCUGGACACAGUAUGCAGUGUUUGUGAAAACCCUGGUCACCUUCUCGGACGAGCGGCGGACGUACGGCGCCAAGAGCGAGAUCAUCUACGUGCAGACCAACGCCACGGUUCCGUCGGUCCCGUUGGAUCCAAUAUCUGUCUCCAACUCCUCCUCCCAAAUCAUCCUCAAGUGGAAGCCCCCCUCGGAGCCCAACGGGAACAUCACACACUACCUGGUGUACUGGCAGGAGCAGGCAGAGGACAGUGAGCUCUAUGAACUCGAUUACUGCCUGAAAGGAUUAAAGCUGCCCUCAAGGACGUGGUCUCCUCCUUUUGAAUCUGAAGACCCUCAGAAGUAUAAUCAGAGUGAAGCUGAGGAUGUCAGUGGGGAAUGUUGUUCCUGUCCUAAAACAGACUCCCAGAUCCAGAAGGAACUGGAGGAGUCUGCUUUCCGCAAGACCUUCGAGAAUUAUCUCCACAAUGAGGUUUUUGUGCCCAGGCCAUCAAGAAAACGAAGAGACCUCGGCUCUGUGGCAAACUCCACCGUGGUGUUGCCCACCAUCCCAUCCUCUCCCAACAAUUCAGCAGCAGCUGAGGGUGCAGAGGAGCAGAAACCUUUUGAGAAAGUGAUGUUCAAGGAGUCCCUGGUGAUCUCAGGGCUGCGACACUUCACUGGGUACCGCAUCGAGCUGCAUGCCUGCAACCACGAUGCCCAGGAGUCCCGCUGCAGCGUGGCAGCUUAUGUCAGUGCCAGGACCAUGCCAGAAGCUAAGGCUGAUGACAUCGUUGGCCCAGUUUCCCAUGAGCUGGUGGAAAAGAACACUGUGCAUCUGAAGUGGCAGGAGCCAAAGGAGCCCAACGGGCUCAUCGUGCUCUACGAGGUGAACUACGGGCGGCUUGGGGAGACAGAGGAAGCCCAUUUCUGUGUGUCCCGCAAGCACUUUGCCAGCGAGAGUGGCUGCAAGCUCCGGGGGCUCCAGCCUGGCAACUACAGCGUGCGGAUCCGGGCCACCUCCCUGGCUGGAAACGGCUCCUGGACAGAACCCACCUACUUUUACGUGGCUGAUUAUUUGAAUGCUCAGCCAAAUAUUGCUGUUAUCAUUGUUCCAAUUAUUUUUGCCAUAAUAAUUGCUGGAAUUAUUGGAGCUGCUUAUGUGCUUGUGAAAAAGAGACAAACCGAAGGACCAACGGGACCCCUGUAUGCAUCCUCCAACCCUGAGUACAUCAGUGCCAGUGAUGCUCAGAACUGUUCCCUGUGCCCAACAGUUUAUGUCCCUGACGAAUGGGAGGUGCCACGGGACAAGAUCACCCUCCUGAGGGAGCUGGGCCAGGGCUCCUUCGGGAUGGUGUACGAGGGCAUCGCCAAGGACAUCGUGAAGGGAGAGCCCGAGACGCGCGUGGCCGUGAAGACGGUGAACGAGUCCGCCAGCCUGCGCGAGCGCAUCGAGUUCCUCAACGAGGCCUCUGUGAUGAAAGGCUUCAGCUGCCAUCAUGUGGUUCGCCUCCUCGGAGUGGUCUCCAAGGGACAGCCCACUCUGGUGGUCAUGGAGCUGAUGGCACAUGGGGACCUGAAAAGUUACCUGCGCUCUUUGAGACCUGAAGCUGAGAAUAACCCCGGGCGGCCGCCGCCGACGCUGAGGGAGAUGAUCCAGAUGGCGGCGGAGAUCGCCGAUGGCAUGGCCUACCUGAACGCCAAGAAGUUCGUGCACAGGGACCUGGCAGCUCGCAACUGCAUGGUGGCAGAGGACUUCACUGUGAAAAUCGGGGACUUUGGGAUGACCAGGGACAUCUACGAGACGGAUUAUUACCGCAAGGGAGGCAAAGGGCUGCUGCCCGUGCGCUGGAUGGCCCCGGAGUCGCUGAAGGAUGGGGUGUUCACCACCUACUCUGACGUCUGGUCAUUCGGUGUUGUCCUUUGGGAAAUAAGCAGCUUGGCGGAGCAGCCGUACCAGGGACUCUCCAAUGAACAGGUGCUAAAGUUUGUCAUGGAUGGAGGAUACCUGGAUCAGCCAGACAACUGCCCGGAGAGGCUGCACAACCUGAUGCAGAUGUGCUGGCAGUACAACCCGAAGAUGCGCCCCACCUUCAUUGAGAUCAUCGAGAUGCUGAAGGAGGACUUGGACCCCAGCUUCCAGGAGGUCUCCUUCUUCUACAGCGAGGAGAACAAACCUCUGGAGACAGAGGAGUAUGAGAUGGACUUUGAGAACAUGGAGAGCAUUCCCCUCGACCCCUCCUCAUACUCACAGAGGGACAAAGUGCUGGGGAGGGACAAUGGACCCUCCAUGGCCCUCAAGGGCAACUAUGAGGAGCACAUCCCUUACACUCACAUGAACGGUGGCAAGAAAAACGGGCGGAUUCUCUCCAUGCCCAGGUCAAGUCCUUCCUAACACUUCCUGUUUGGCCCAAGGGUUGUGUCUGCUUUUUUCCCCCUCCACCAAUCUCAGGACUCUUGUUAUUGCUGCCACAGUGUAUGACACACAUCUACGAACUCUUCAGAUUUUUAAUCAUCUUAUGAUUUUUUUAUUUUUUUUGCCAAGUUGACUGGCUGUCAGUGGACUUAUCUGUGAACAUAAAUGGAAGAGGUUUCCAUGGCUGCUGUCCCUUCUGUAACCAUGGUUUCACAACAGGAAGCAACCGUGUGAGUUCAACUGAAGGAGAAGCAUCCGCCUUUGCCAGCAGAAGACGUGAAGUUUUCUGGUGCCUGAGCUCCAGCCCAGCAGAGCAUUUCCAGUAGAAUUCCAGGCUUUCAGGCAGGCUCUCCACUACAGCUGAAGGAUUCAGCACAUCAGUCGGACGCGCCAGAUCCUCAGAUUGACCAAUAGCUGCUGCUUUCAUACUUUGUUUUUGAGAGAUGGAACCCCCGGAGUGCGUGGGGGUGUGUGCGUUUGUGUGUGUGUGUGUGUGUGUGUGUGUGUGUGUGUGUGUCUGCAGUAUCAACAUGUGGGGUACCCUAGAGCAAAAGAGACACUUCUGGUUUUGUACACAACUUACAGCGCUUUCAGGCACAUGGUGGGAUUCUCGGGGUGUCCUGCACAGGGCCAGGAGUUGGAUUUGAUGAUCCUGGUGGGUCUCUUCCAACUCAGCAUACUCUAUGAUUCUCUGUUCUCACAGGAGCUUUCCUCUUCUUGGAAGUGUGUACUUAUCUUUUUUCCCCAUUUCCCUGGAGGGACUGAGUCCUAAACAGAUUAUUUUUAUACUGAGGACUCUUGGGAGCAGGUUUUCUCUCAUUAACAAAUGAAGAAAACUUGCUGGGAGCUACAUGAGCAGAACUCUGAGAUUUGUGGGUACUUUCAAGACCAAACGAAGUAGGAGUCCCCUGACCUGAGACACGGAGUUUUCUGUCCU